ACGACCUGUUUGUUGUCGGCUUUCUUCUUCCCAUGUCGCACCAGCUCGAGUAAACAAAAUUUCUUUGUUUUGUUUUGUCUUUUUCCCCAUCUCGAUCGACGCCCUCGAGAUCCGCAGCAACCUCACCUCCAGAGUCCAGACCUCCAGCGCUUCAGCCACCGGAAUAGAGGCAAGCAGCCGCCAUUUUCUAGAUUCUGCUUAGUAUAAGCAUGGCGCCCAAGUCACCUCCCUCGCCAACCCUCUCACAACUACCUCCGGUGCCAUCGAGCCCAACCUAUUCAUACGCCUCUACCGCAAAUGCGAACCUGUCGCAGUUCAACCUGCCACUGCCGCCUCCGCCCAAACAGGCGCAUGCUGUCCUUACCAAGCACGACCUUGAAGCAUCGCAGGCCGCAUAUGCAGACCUCGUCUCCUCCGCCAAGGCCUUCCGUCUGGCCCUUACUUCACUUUCCACUGCUGCCUCCGCCUUCGGCUCUGCUCUCGAAUCCUGCGCCCGUCUAAAAGAAGCCCGCGCCGAACAGAUCGUGUCUGCUCCCUCCGAUCGAGGUGGUGGAAGUCCGGUACAAGGCGGCCAGGGUCAAGGCGGCGGUCCUCCCCCGCUGUUGAUGGCCAAUAGCUUCACCUCCGCAGCUCAGGGCACCACAAAGUCGACCUGCACGGCCGACACCCUGCUCACCGUCGCUGGUUUGCAGCACCUCGUUGCCAACCACCAGCACAUUCUCUCCGAGACGGUCUACCGCUCGUUCGAGGUCCCUCUUCUCCACGAGUUAGACAAGUGGCGUGGCGCGGUUGAGGAUGAAGAGGAGAGUUAUGCGAGCGCGGUGGCCGUGCAGUCCAAGGAGAUCAGACGGUUGGAGAAGGAAGGGAUGAAGCUGCAUAAGCAGCGCCGAAGGGACGUGGCCAAGUUCCGGAGCCAUCUCGUUGAGUUGACCACUAAGUUGGAUGGUCUUACAACGCUGCAUGGCGAGCAUUCCAGGACACUCUUGAGAGAGAGUCAAGACACCAGCGCCCGUAUCGUGGAAGCAAGCUGUUCGCUCGUCCGAGCCGAAAUUGACAUUUUCGAGAGUAUGGCGCGGAAGGGGUGGACAGGUGGUGGACUUGAGGAUGUGCUGGAACAGGGUCAGGAUCUCUUCGCCAGCGAGGAUGUGAUCGCAGACAGGACCGUUGGACAUUCUGACGGCAGGUUCGGUGGGGCAGGAGGCAACAUCGUCGCAGGCGGUGCCGGCGAUGGCGGCAUAGCGAGCGGCGGCGCUGGUGAGGGAAGUAAGCUGUUCAGCAUUCUGCCGCCCAGGAGUAUUCUCGCCGAUACAACAGGCGGGGGAAGAGAAGAUACCCUAAGACUGAGCCUCGCAGGCGCUAUUCACUCUCCCGAUAACCAAUCGACAGUCGUCUACUCUCCCCGCACACCCCCACGAGACAAGGACACGGAGAGUGUCUUCUCUUCUGAAGGUGUCAACCGUCCGCGGGGACCACGCCCCUUCUCCCCUCAACCGCAACCUCUUGCUCUAAAUCCCAAGUCCCUCUUCGGCGCCUCCGACCCUCCAUCCCCCACUGCCGGGCCCCGAGAGAACGACGAAAGAGAACAGGACGCUCUCUUCUCUCCACUUGGCAACCAAUCCCUAACCCUCCCUCUCCCCGGUAGCCACAGCACUGCUGACGGCGAUGACGACGAAGACGACGAAGCCCUCGUCUCUCCCUGGCGCGACCAGAUCCCCUACCGCUUCCGCCCGCCUACCGAGCCGGACGAGGAACAACAACAGCAGCAGCAGCAACAGCAGCAGCAGCAGCAGGGGCACGAGAUUCGGCCGCGAAGCAACCAAAGUAGCAGCAAGCGAAGCAGCUACUCCGGCCGCCUUAGCAUCUCGCUAGGCAUCAACCGGAGCUUGACCGGCAGCUCGCUGCAGAGGCUACAGCACCCGUCUGCCGCAUCCACAUCCGCCCUUCCCUCCGAGGAGCACGAGCUGCGAGACGGGAGCUGGAGCUACAGCGGGCGACCGGGAUCGGCGGGUGGGUUGAUGAGUUUUGUGUCCGCCUCCAGAAUGGAUGUCGCCACCGGCAGCAGCAGUGACGACCAGUACCAGAGCCAGGACGAGUAUACUAUUCACGGCAGUCACGAAAAGAACGGGGAAAAUAGCCAUGGCGAAAAGAAAGAGAGGGGGGACAUGGGCGAAGAAGAGAAUGAUAUCACGCCGACGAUAACCCCCAUGACCCCGCCCACGCAAAUGGCGACGGUAACGGCUAGUUAAGGAAAUUGGCCGUUGCUACCGUCGGCGACGAGUCACGACCACGAUGAUGAGGUCGAUGAAGAACCGGCUCUGGCUCGGUUACCUUCUACACCAUCCUCUACUGAUGAAAGGACCAGGAGGUGGAGUGUGGAUACAGAUACCAGAACCGCAAGUCCAACGGCCGCCAGCCGUGAUCCGAGCAGGAUCCUGAUGAGUCUUUUUGACGUUGAUAAGAUUGUUGGUAGAACGAGAAGCAUGAAUAUGAGCAUGAACAUGGGUAUGAAGAGCACGAGCGCGAGCAGCAGGAGGCCGAGCACCACACGUACCUCCAGGGAUUCCGGGGACUCUAGGGACUCGAGCGCCGCGAGUCCUGUUGGGUGAAGGGAGCCGUACAAAAAGGAGUAGAUUCAGUGCUGCUGUUGGCAGGAGUACGAGUACGAGUAUGAACGAACGUACCGGGCGGUCUUUUUUGAUGGGCUGGCUGACUUGAGUUUUGCGUCUUUGGUUCACGACUGUUACGAUUACAUAGCUUUCAGGAGUAUUUGUUAUUUUGUUAGCUUGUGUUUAUUUUUUUUUUAUUUUUUUUUCUUAGUUUGCAUGACGAUUUGUUUCGUCUCACCAGUUACAAUGCGCACCAAACAGGCAGGCAGGCAGGCAGGCAAAUAGAUUUCUUCUUGUUUCACGUUGUUCACUGAGUCCUGAGUUUCUCUUUUCUUCACGUCUAGAUAGUCAUGAAUUUGAAA